GCUCUAGCUUUCAAAUAGGGUCCUACUUGGAGGUCUUUCGAGUGAUUGACUUCUAUUGCACCUAAUACAUUCAGCACCAGGCACACAACCAUCAUAUAGUCACUGCUAUGCUGAGAAUGAUCCACCACCCAAAUAAUAUCUGGUCACUGUUAGUCCUGUGGUGGAGUCUUUUAUAUUUAGAUUUAUCGCAUUUGCUGGGUGCUUUUUUUUUAAUCCAAGGCAGUUUACAGUUGAGUCAACUGUACUGUUGAGGGUUUAAGGGUUUUGCCCAAGGGCCCAACAGUGACAGCUUGGCGAUGCUCGGAUUUGAACUCACAACCUUCUUAUUAGUAAUCCCAAUACCUUAACUACUGAGACACUACUGCACCUUUUCACUGAUCAUCAGCAUAGAGAUGAGCUGACAAGAUGUCCACAGAUGUGUAGGUGUUCCUAAUAAACUGGCAACUACAAAUAGGGAUUUAUUUUAAUCUCUUUUAACUGAACUUUUUUUGCUUUUGAAUGAAUAUGAGUGUACUUAUAUUCAGGAGAAAAGUUCUAAAGGGUUCUUUGGCUAGUUAAGGGUUCUUAGCUCCACAACGUAUCAUUUGUUGAAGGAUGAAGUAUGAUUCUACAUGCAUAAAAACCUAUGAGAGGUUUCCCCUUAAGGGUUCUACGUUUACAGCCCUUUUUCUGAAAGUGUCAGCUCGGUGAGGAACAAAUUUUUACUAGUUUGUGGUGCACAAAAGGUACACAGUGCUGAAUCAGUACUAGAAUGAAAUCUUCUGUUCAUUAAUUUCCUGCUGGACUUAGAUAUAUAAACACAGUGUAUGUUAUUUCAGCCCUGGGCUUUUCUUUCUUUCUUUCUUUCUUUUUUUUCUUUUUUUUUUUUUUGCUAAACUACAGAAUAAACUUUUGGUAGAAAACGACAAACAAGACCAAGCAUGUUCAGUGGGAUUAAAUACGUCACUGCCAGUAUUAGAAAAGCACCUGAUUGAUUUGUCACGCUUGAACUGCUGGAAAGGUCCCUUCCCCCUGGUGCGUAAAAUGUGCGUAACUGGAACCGAGAGCCGCUGAAGGAGUGACGCGAGAGAGAGGGGAGAGAGAGAGAGAGAGAGAGAGAGAGAGAGAGCUGGAGUUGGGAUGGGAAAGACAACGCUGAGCACAUGAACGGAGCACACAUCUACUUCACCUAAAAAUCCCGACACUCCACGCAAAAGCUGUGCAACUCGUUGUUGUUGUUUUUUUCUGCAACAGUCCUGCCAAAAGUGCAUGCAGCAUCGCGAUGAUUCCUCAAAAGAUCACGUUUUUACGCGGCUUCUGCUUUUUACCUGAAUGAGAAAGGUGAGAUCCAUCUGUAGCCACGCCGAGAUGAAGUUUGGCAAGAAUAUAUGCAUCUUAAACGUCGGCGGCACCAAAUACGCGUUCACCCGAGAGGUGAUUAAGGAUUUCCCACUCCGGAGAGUGAGCCGGUUGCACAGCUGCUCGUCGGAGAAGGAGGUGCUGGAGGUGUGCGAUGACUACGACCGCGAGCGGAACGAGUUCUUCUUUGAUCGCCACUCCGAGGCGUUCGUGUUCAUCAUGCUGUAUGUGCGCUCGGGCAAGCUGCGCUUCGUGCCGAGGAUGUGCGAGCUCUCCUUCUACAACGAGAUGAUCUACUGGGGGCUGGAGAGCUCGCACCUGGAGUUCUGCUGCCAGCGGCGCCUGGAGGACCGCAUGUCCGACACGUACACGUACUUCUCGGAGGAGGACGGGAGAGCCGAGGAGGACUCGCGAGUGGGCGACGAAGAGUCUGAUAUGAGGGGAUCGUGCUCGGAGCGCGCAAACCCGGGCUGGCUCGAGCGCAUGCGGAGGACCUUCGAGGAGCCCGCGUCCUCCGUGGCUGCGCAGAUCCUCGCCUCGGUCUCCGUGAUUUUUGUCAUCAUUUCCAUGGUCAUCCUGUGUGCCAGCACCCUGCCCGACUGGGACACAGCCAAAAACAACACAGUGGAGGAGCACAGGAUCAUUGAAGCAGUAUGCAUUGGCUGGUUCACUGCCGAGUGCAUAGUGCGUUUCAUUGUCUCACGGGACAAAUGUGAGUUUGUACGGCGGCCUCUGAACAUCAUCGACCUCCUGGCCAUAACACCUUACUAUGUAUCAGUGGCCAUGACGGCCCUGACUGGGGAAAACCCGCAGCUUCAAAGAGCAGGGGUCACACUUCGUGUGCUGAGGAUGAUGCGUAUCUUCUGGCUAAUUAAGCUGGCACGCCACUUCCUUGGUCUGCAGACGCUGGGGCUGACGCUGCGCCGCUGCUACCGCGAGAUGGUCAUGCUGCUGGUGUUUGUGUGUGUUGCCAUGGCCAUCUUCAGCGCUCUGGCUCAGCUUCUGGAGCACGGUCUAGACCUGGAAAGCAGCAAUGAGGACUACGCCAGCAUCCCGGCAGCCUGCUGGUGGGUUAUUAUCUCCAUGACCACCGUAGGCUAUGGAGACAUGUAUCCCAUCACGAUGCCGGGCCGCGUGCUGGGUGGUGUGUGUGUCGUGAGUGGCAUUGUGCUCCUGGCUCUCCCAAUUACCUUUAUCUACCACAGCUUUGUGCAGUGCUACCACGAGCUCAAAUUCCGCUCAGCACGCUGCGUGCGAAGUCUCUCAGCUGAGUUUCUCAACUGACAUUGGUUUCUCUGGGACAUAGUGGUCCACAGCCCAGCUCUGUUACCCCUCAUCUGAUCUUUCUGUGCCUUUCUGUUUAAAGCCUUUAACAGCCUCAUGAAUUGUAAGCUAAACGAUAGCGAUAUGAUCACGUCUACAGAGAAAAUGACUACUAAUGACUACUGAAAUGCAGCAUCUCUACAUUUUGACAAGUUUAAAUGAUACCUCAGACAACUGUGAUUCAUAUUUUGAUUGUAAGUGACAGGAGAAAAAUACUGUACAAAGAGCCCCAAUCUGGAUAGCACACAAUAAUCAUAAGAACCCAAAGGAACUACAUUAGCCAGUGUUCGCAUUAUAACCCCAUCUCUGUGAAAACCAAUGAAACUGACCCAAAGAGACAGAAUUUCCUGUGUUUGGUGAUAUUUAAAAAGGACAGCUGUGGCAACAUCCAACACCAGAUGGCAUGGCCGCCUAUGAGGGGCAUCUGGCAAGUCUUCUCGGGUCUUGACAGUUCUCCAGACCUUUUCCUCAAAAGCCCUGGUCUGGCUUUACAUACAGAAACACUUAGUUCCCAUGGAGAAAUUUCUCCAGCCUGUUAGAUCAUUAAGUCAAAUCAAUUUGUAUUUGAACGCGCUGCAGAUAUGAAGAAAGGAAGGACAGAGAGAUUCCAUAAAGGAAAACAAAUAUUUAUAGCGACUGAAGGGAUGUUGUGGAAAGAUAAGAGAAAAACAUGCAGCAAGGUGUAGUCCUAGUGGAUAGCAUUAUUAAUUCCCGUUAGUGUUGCAGCCACAUGAUGAAGAUCAGAUCCUUAACUUCAAGAAACAAACAUCAGAUGUUAAGCUACACAAGGAUAAAGCCACCACCUGCCCAUAUCUCAAUCGAAGAAGAUGACUGUGUGGACCGAGAGGUGUUAACCAAAUUGAUUAGCAAACACCUCACCCACACACUCAGCAGUCGGAGAGCUGUCACUCUCCUCCUCCUUCACCAUACACAUAGCAAGCACAAAAGCUACCCUAUCUCCAUCACUGGCUCCUGUCUAUUCUGUGGUUAGGGGUAUAUUGUAAGCAAUUAAGCAGUUCAUUCACCUGUAGAUUUGUUUGCUUUAUAGUAUCAAAUGUUAUGUUGGGGAAAAAUCUAAGAAGUAAUGGCACUUCAUUAAUGACGCAUGCAGUGGUUUGUCUAACAAUAAUGCUCAUACCUACACAGGAAACCUUUAUGAAUGUUUGCAUAGCUUUG